UGCAAGGCAGGAGGCGUGGAAGGCCGAGUCUUUGACCUGCAGCCAGACCCUUCUCACAAGCCUUGAAGCGGCGCUUCGAGCUCCAGUGUUUCGAAAGCUCGGCACGGUGUCGAAACCUCAGUAUCGAGCGGCCCAUCACUACUGGCUGGUCAUUCAGGUGGAAGACACGGGACGAGAAAGAUAACAAGGAGGCCACACUCACUAGUUGUCCAAUAUGGAGAAGAAGAGUCCAACUGUCCAGAGACCUCGUCAUGAGACACACAAAUAUGAAGAGGGCAUCUCAGAAGUUCAGAGGGACAAGGAGGAGACAAAUCCCACACUACCCUGGGGCCUUCUUUUGAUGAAUGGGAUAGAAGUCAAUGAGGAGCACUGUAUAUGGAGGUCUGGACAUCUAGAACAGGAGUGUGUCUGCAUAAAAGAGGAGGAGGAGGACUAUGAUAGUGGACCUCUAGACUUUACAGUAGACUCUGAGCUGAUGUCUUAUAUCACUAAGCAGAAAAAAGAAACUGUUGACAGUUUGAAGGAAGAAGACCUCAAGCAGAGGUCUGACAAGCAGUGUGUUAAUCCAGAUGAAGAGGGUCCUGGUUUAGGAUGCACACCGAGUGGACACUGCUCCAUACUGCAUCAUUCUGUCAAUGUGACACCAGAAUCUGACAUGAAUCUGACAGGCUCAAGUCCUUCUGGAGAAGGUGAGAGUCGUCACACUGACAGGUACUCCACCCUGCACUGGACGAACUGUGUUGGUCAUGUCAAUCAGAGAGAAAAAGAAAAAGCUGCUGUUUACUGGAACAUCUCAAUGGAUGUGAAACAGGAGACCUGUGAUGUGGACAUGAGUUUCAUAGAGAAAACUGUAAAUAUUAAGGAGGAAGACAGUGAACUGCAGUCAGUGAGCAUUAAAGAAGAACCUGAAGAGAAGUCUGUCAGUAUUGAGAUGCAUAACCAUGCAAAGUUGAUGAGUGUUGAGGAAGGCGUUCUUCAUGAUGGGUUUCAAGAUGGAGUGGUGACAGACUUAGACUCUGAAUCAUUAGAGUCUGAUACAAAGAUGGCUGAGGAAACUACAUCUGUUAGAACUCAGGAAAAUCAGCCACCACCUACAAGGAAGUCUGGAAAAAGAAACAAAGAUCACUGCAAUGUGGAAUGUGGCAGAGAAUUCUCGGGCAGGAGUGCUCUUCAGAUCCACAGUAGAGUUAACACUGGAGAGAAGCCGCAUUGCUGUAAUGAGUGUGGUAAACAGUUUUCAGAUAUAAGCAGUCUGAAGAAACAUACUAGAGUUCACACUGGAGAGAAGCCAUAUUGCUGUAAUGAAUGUGGUAAACAGUUUUCACAAAUGGACAAUCUUCAGCUCCACACUAGAGUUCACACUGGAGAGAAACCAUAUUGCUGUAAUGAAUGUGGUAAACAGUUUUCACGAAUGGACAGUCUUCAGCUCCACACUAGAGUUCACACUGGAGAGAAGCCAUAUUGCUGUAAUGAAUGUGGUAAACAGUUUUCACAAAUGAGCAACCUUCAGAAACAUGCUAGAAUUCACACUCGAGAGAAGCCGUAUUGCUGUAAUGAAUGUGGUAAACAGUUUUCAGAUAUAAGCAGUCUGAAGAAACACACUAGAGUUCACACUGGAGAGAAGCCAUAUUGCUGUAAUGAAUGUAGUAAACAGUUUUCACAAAUGCACCUUCUUCAGAGACACACUAGAGUUCACACUGGAGAGAAGCCAUAUUGCUGUAAUGAAUGUGGUAAACAGUUUUCACAAAUGAUCAGUCUUCAGAGACACACUAGAGUUCACACUGGAGAGAAGCCAUAUUGCUGUAAUUAAUGUGGUAAACAGUUUUCACAAAUGAUCAGUCUUCAGAGACAUACUAGAGUUUACACUGGAGAGAAGCCAUAUUGCUGUAAUGAAUGUGGUAAACAUUUUUCACGAAUGAUCAGUCUUCAGAUCCACACUAGAGUUUACAUGGGAGAGAAGCCAUAUUGUUGUACUGAAUGUGGUAAACAAUUCUGUUAGAGGAGUUCUCUGCAGAGACACACCGGGAUUCACACCGGAGAGAAGCACAACUGAACUGUCUUGACUGAAGAGUGCUGUUCACUCCUGCCUGGACAGUAAGCACAUGUAACUGACUGGAAUCCAUCCUACAAAGUGUUGUGUCAAAAACAAAUUAACACAGAGGAGAAUCAGAAGUUUAUAUCCUUUAUCCCUUUCCAGAAACUAAAAAAAGAACAGGGCGUCAUACAAACCGCUUCUCACCAAAGGCUCUACAGCCUCCACCAUGCGUCUAGCUCUGUUUUCAUAACAUACAUAUUACAUAUAGAACUAUUAAAAUAUAUUAUACAUAUUUCAUCAGAAAAAAAGAAAAAAAAAUCUGCAAUAUACACAGCCUCACACAA